AUCCGAGCUGACGUACGUCGCCGUUCCACACGCGCAUCGGAAUAUUACCGUGGGAACAUGGUGUAUGGCCAUCCUAAUGGCGUCAACUGCGUGAAGGGCGAGAUCCACAAUGUCCUGAGUGUGAUGCGCGUGAACGCGCGGUGGGCGACGGCAGCUCGGUUCAAGCGCGAGGUGCCGACGCACACACAGAGUGCGUUGUUGCGGCGAUUCAAGGACCUGCAUGUGUCCUUGGAAGGGGUGAUAGACCUGAGCGACGUGGACACGUUGAACGUGCUCGAGCCGUUUGUGCAUGUCGUCGAGAGCGAGAAGACGUCGGGGUUCAUCACGGGCGCCGCGAUCUCGAGCCUGAACAAGUUCCUUCUCUACGGCUUGAUUCCUCCCGAUGGGUUGCGCGCCACGGAAGCAAUCAACCGCAUUGCGUUGUGUGUGUCCCGCUGCCGCUUCGAGGAAACCCAUCGCGACGUGGAUGAGAUGGUCCUGAUGAAGCUGUUGGAACUGCUCGAGUUCUGCCUUCGGUGCGAGGCUGGGCCGCUCAUUUCCGGCGACAAUGUGUGGAACAUGGUUCACACGUGCUACAGUAUUUGCACCCAAGCCAGAGCAUCCAUGCAUUUGGUUCACAUGGCUGAAAACACUCUGGCGCAUGUCAUCUUGACAGUGUUCGAUCGCAUCGCCGAGAUGGACGCGCCGCUUUUGCCGCCGUCGGCCGUUGCUUCCUCUCAAGAUGACGACAAUGAUAAUGCUGACGAAGACGCUCUCGAGGGCGACGACUUGACCGUCGACGUGGUGUUGCCGUACGGGAUCCCCGUUCUGGAGCAACUUUUGCUGUUUUUAUCGGAUUUAAUUAAACCCAAGGGCAAAGAAGACACGAUCAUCUUUGGGCUGAGUCUGAUUAACCUCGUGCUGGAAACGGCUGGGACGGGAUUGGGUGCACACCCAUCGCUCGUGUCGGUGCUGCAAGGGGAUUUGUCCAAAUAUUUGCUGCAAAACUCUGAAACGUCCGAGUUGCAGGUGCUCAGCCUCACCUUGCGCGUGGUGUUCAACCUGUUCAACUCGAUCAAAGAUCAUUUGAAAGUGCAGCUCGAGAUCUUCUUUACCAGCGUUCACAUGCGGAUCAUGGACAGCCCGACCUGCUCGGACGAGCAAAAGGAGCUUGCGCUUGAAAGUUUGCUGGAAUUCUGCCGCGAACCGGCGCUUAUGCUGGAUCUGUACAUCAACUACGACUGCGACGUCCACUGCACCAAUUUGUUUGAAGUGCUCUGUACGGCCUUGGCUAAAACCACGCAAGAGUGGUGUGUUGUAGUGACGUACUUUCCCGACUUGCCCCCAGUGUUUAACAUCCUCAACCUGCUGGCCUUGGACGGGUUGCUCGCCGUUCUCGAAUCCAUCUCCCGCCGGUGCCCGCUGCACUUGGCUAAUGCGUCCAAGGUGGACGUUACUGGAAGUGACCUGGCGGCGCUGGUCGACCCGUCGCCAAACUCGUUCGCGGGGGCUCUUCCGGCGAUUUCACCCAUGAGUUCAAUCCAAGAAGUGAUGCAUCUCGUGAUGAGCGAUACCGAGUCAGACAAUGGCGACGCCAACAGUACCAUCCCUCCCAACGACUCACUUGCGUGGUUGCACACGGCCCGGGAACGCACGGCCGAAGUUCUUCAGCAACGCAAGCAAAACAAAAAGAGAUACUUUUUGGCAGCAGAAAAGUUUCAUACCGAACCCAAGAACUGGAUUGCGUACUCGCAACAGCUGGGGCUGCUGCCCAACCCGAUCACGGCCGAGUCCGUUGCGACGUUCUUUCAUCACACGCCAGGGUUGAACAAAACGUCGAUUGGAGACUACUUGGGAGACGGACCCAAAGAAGACAAGCCGUUCCACGAAGCCGUGCGCAAUGCAUACGUGAGCAUGUUUGACUUUCGACAUGCGCCGUUGGAUGGAGCUUUGCGCAUGUGCUUGGCCAAGUUUCGGCUGCCCGGGGAGGCGCAAAAGAUCGACCGGCUCAUGGAGGCAUUUGCGAAGGAAUAUUUCAACCAGAUUCAAGCGGAAAAGCAUCCAUUUGUACACGAAGACUGCGCGUUCAUCUUGUCGUUUAGUAUCAUCAUGCUCAACACGGACUUGCACAGCGACCAAAUUCAAAAAAAGAUGACAAUCGACGAAUUUGUACGCAACAACCGCGGGAUCAACGGCGGCCAAGACCUUCCGCGGGAGUACUUGGAACUCCUUUACCACAACAUCCAGUCCAACCAAAUCAAGAUGCAGACUGACAUCUCCGAUAUGCAAGUCGUCACCACCGUGGACCGAUACUCGGCGCAAUGGGAUGGCAUUUUAAAGCGCCAGGAAAACGUGGUCGGCGCGUCCUUUACUUCCAAUGCGUCCAUUCUCAAGCUGCGCGCCGGCCGCCACGAGCGCGAAAUGUUUUCGCUUGUAGUCGACAGCACCACCGAGAGCAUUCUGAACGCGUUUGAGCGUACAUGCGACGAAACCACCAUGCAAAAAGCGCUGGACGGGUUCACCAACUGCAUCAAGAUCGCCGUCUAUUUCAACAUGCUUCCUGAAUUCAACAAAUUUCUAUCGGCCCUUGCUGCGUACGUGGUCGAGUUUGCCCAUGGGGUUCUCAACGGAGACAAGGUGCAUGUCCCAUUGCAAGCAUCACCCGACCAAAUCGACGACGAUCGAGCCAGUCGACUCAAGACGACGCGGACCCUCAAGGCCCUGGACGUGCUCUUCGACGUGGUGCUCCAGCACGCCGACGUGCUGACAGUCGACUCGUGGACGGCCGUGGUCGAGUGCAUGCUGCUCUUCAACACACUCGACAUUUGCCCUGCCUCGUUGGUCGAGAUGGACGACUUUGUCGACAUGCGUGGCGUGCCGUUCCCCCCCACGCAAUUGUCUCCCAAGGCGCUGCACAGCAAGAGCGGCAAGCUGCGCGAACGCACUCGUCGACUGGCCGAGCGCCAAGCCGCCCACCGCCAGACGACGACCACGACCAUGCCAUCCUCUACUUCCCAGUCGUCCUCUUCAUUUUGGGACUCGCUGUCGUACUGGUGGGGCGACGAAUAUGACGACGAAAGCGACCCCGACUACCCGCUUGUGAGCGCCGCCCUGCGGGAGGCCGUCGCAAAAUGCGGCCAGGGGCUGCUGGAACGAGACAUGUGGCUCAAGUUUUGCCGGAAGCUGGGCAGCGGCAGCAUCGAGGCGUUGCUGGCCGCGUUGCUCCAUCGAAAGACGUCGUCCAAUGAGAACGAGCGCGAUAUGGCGCAGGAGAACGCGAUGCUCGCCCUUGAGUGGGCCACCAAUGUGAUUCUGGUCAAUUUGCAUCGCUUUAACACGCUAUGGCCACUCAUGCACCAGCAUGUGGCGGGGGUGCUCGCGGACGCGUCCAAGCCGUUGCUCGUGGAGCGGGCCGUGGUAAAUGUGCUUCGCGUGUGCAUCCGUCUCUUCCACGACGCUGACUCUCGGCCGUUGCUGCUCGAGACGUUAGUGUUGCUCAAGACGCUGGACAGUCCCCUGUGGCAAGUUCUGGCCGAACGGGUGGCCACGGGCAUGCAGUUGCUACUCAAAGCCAACCUCAUGUACAUGCAUUCUUUGUCAGUGCCGACGUGGGAAAUGCUCUUUGGGCUGCUGGGUCAAGUGGGGCAGUACCCCGCGGGGUGGUCGGCUACCCUCGAAGCCAUCCGGCAACUGCAUCAAGAUGGAGGCGUGCCCAAGGAAUUGAUUGGGCUCUGGACAGGCGUGUGCAUGAGACUGAUCAACCAGCGCACCGGUGUCGAAGGCGAUGCCCUCAAGCUGCUGUACGCCGUGGCCAACAGCGAGGCCGCCGAGGGCAGCUGGAUCGACCUCAUGCGCAUAUUGCUGUCAUAUCUCCAGGACGAGCGGCCAGCGGUGGCCAAGAUGGCGUGGGACUGCCUCUACCGGAGUCUGAUGGUGCCAGGCGUGAAGAUUGCGUCGACGGUGUGGAAGGAUUGCUUUGAGGAGAUUAUCUACACCCUGGACGACCGAUCUCGCCACGGCACAUCCAAGGAUACGCGGGACAUGAGCUUAUACAGCACAACGUUGCUCUCCAAGGUAUUUUUAUACAAUAUCCACACGUUGGCCGAGCUGGACUGCUUCGCCGACCUCUGGCUCAACGUGCUCGCGCGCCUCUCGACCAAACUCAAGCAGCAGCAGACGCAUCCUCCCCACCAAGACCUUGAAGUGUACGAGACGACGUUGCAUUCGCUGCACAACUUGCUCGUGGUUAUGACCGCCGAGGGCGUGUUUGACCAGCACUCUACCCUCCUCAGCCAAUCGCACGACGUGAUUCGGUCGAUUUGCCCCCAUGUGAUGGCUACAUUGGACACCAACGACGGUACGGCUGAGGCGACAGCGGAAGAUCAACCCGAAGUGGCUGCGUCAAAGCCGACGUGUGGAUAGAAUAGCUCGCCAAAGUCGUUGUGGCGAUGGAUCGAUCGAUACAUGUAAUAAAGCAGACAAGGGGAACCAGUAGUGCUACGAUAUACAGUAGGAGUAUGUGCUUGCUAUCAAUGUAGUUGUUAACCUUGCAGCAAACUAUUCCCCGAUUAAUACAGUUCCGC